AUGGUAAAUUUCUCGCGGGCUAUUUCUGAAAACGUUUCAAACUCGACCAGUGGGGAAGGCGACAUUGCAAGUGUUCCUGUGGAGGUUAGUACUGUCAUCUCUAUUAUCAUCAACACCAUCACUUGCCCCUUUACAGUUCUUCUCAACGUGCUGGUGAUACAGGCCGUGAAAACAAGACCACGACUCCGAACAAACAGCAACAUUUUGUUGGCCUGCUUAGCGGUUACUGACGCACUAAGUGGGCUCCUCGGCCAACCAUCCUACAUCUUGUGGAGGAUAACCCUAAUAUUUGGCAUCAGCAGCAGUCAGGCAGUCGCGAGCUUCAAUUACGAUGUUAUGGCUGCCUUGGUACUGGCUUCAUAUCUUCAUCUGAUGUUAGUUACUUUCGAGAGGCUCGUAGCGAUCAAGUUUACGAUGCACUACUCGAACAUUAUGACCCACAACACCAUAAAGAUAACAGUGUCAGUAUUUUGGAUUAUUUCAAUUCUUGGUGGGGUUUUUAGCGCAUUAAAAAUGUAUUAUGUGUUGCUUCCCAUGACAGGCCUUGCCACUAAUUCAUGUAUCGUUUUCGUUACCUCUGCUUAUUUGAUUUUGUAUCACGAAACCCGCCGCCACCAAAAGAAGAUAAAAGCAGAGCAACUGCCUGCAGAAGAAGUAGAAAGAUCUUCCACAGAGAACAGGGCCCUUAAAACUACUAUGUUUGUAGUUGGUGCUGUUGUUGUCUGCCUUCUCCCACUUGGUUUCUGUCUGAUCGUUAUGAAUGCAGGCCUUUAUGUUAAAUGUCCCAUCAGCGACCAAGUGUGGCAAACAUUUGGCCUGUUAAAUUCGUUUGUUAAUCCUUUGAUUUACUGCUUUAGACAGAAAGAAAUGAAAAAGUUUAUAUUUGGCAAAAAAACCCACGUCGUACAACCAUUUAUCUAG